AUGGCUGUCAACGCGAACACAUCCCAGUUCCUCGAGCUGGACGUUGACCGGAGGGCCUCGUCACCGACGCCCGGCACGUCAUUGCCCGAGGACGACGGCAUGCGGGCACUACGACUGAAGAUGCACGAGAUCCGGAACCUGGCUGCUUCAACAGAAGAGAAGGCAAGAGCAAUGCAUCUGCUCAUGACAAGGGACUUCAUCACCAUGAACAAUCCCGAUCACCACAUGCCCGACCUAUUUCAACAAGGGCCCCUAUGUCACCCUGUCCGUUCAAACGACAACCCAUACAAUAUCACCCCACAAGACCUCGAGCCUAGUUACUGUUCCGAUCAUAUCAACGAUGAGGGCACUGGCUUGGGGUGUGCGCACUAUAGCCGGAAUGUCAAGGUUCAAUGCUUCGACUGCAACCAAUGGCAUCCAUGUCGACACUGCCACGACGCUUCACCAAAUCUGCCAUUCCCUCACGGACUUAACCGUAAAAUGACACGGAACAUGCUAUGCAUGCUAUGCAGCACUCCUCAACCUGCUGGUCCCACAUGCACAAACUGUGGCGUUGAUUCUGCCUACUACUACUGUUCCAAAUGCAAACUCUGGGAUAAUGACAGCACCAAAAGUAUCUAUCACUGCGACGACUGUGGCAUUUGCCGUCGUGGCGAGGGCUUGGGCAAGGACUAUGUCCACUGCAAGCGAUGCAACGUCUGUAUCUCCAUAUCAACCAGCAGCACACAUCCCUGCGUAGAGAGAGCAACCGACUGUGAUUGUCCUCUGUGUCUCGACUACCUCUUCUCUUCAUCGCUGCCUGUAGUGAGUCUGGCUUGUGGUCACUACAUGCACGGAAGCUGCUACAAAGAUCUUAUGCACGUCACGUAUCGCUGUCCGGUAUGCAACAAAUCUGCUGUCAACAUGGAGCUUCAAUGGCGAAAACUUGACGACGAGAUCCGUCUCCAGCCUAUGCCAGAAGAUGAAUUCGAGGAUUCCGCUGCGGCAAGAGCCAACCCUGCUCAUCGACGAGUCCCUCGAAAAGUUUUUGUAGGCUGUAAUGAUUGUGGUGGAAGAGGCUGGUCUGCCUUCCACUGGCUUGGUCUAAAGUGUCCUCACUGCGACGGCUACAACACAUCUCAGACUGCUUACUUGGGCUCCGAGACUCCCGGUACUCGACCAAUCGUCCGUCGUCACGAUUUCGCUGGCGUCAACGUACUACCAGCUGCAGUGAUCAGCGACGAAGAAAGAGCAGAUAGCGCUUAUGGCUGUCCAUCCUCGCCGGCUCAAAUCCCUGUCCCCCAACAGCAACUACCAGUCCAACAACCCGUCUUCGCACCACAUUCACCGACCGGACGAAGUUACUUCCUUCAAGCUGAACAUGAAGAAAGUCUUCGCAAUACCGAACGCGCAUUAAGUGCCGGUGAUGCAUUCCGCAACCUUCCUUACGAUAUACUUCAACGCUUCAGCAGAAGCCUCUCUCCUAUGCGCUACUACCUCGAAGGCUUAGAUGUUGGCGCGAACACCGCUAACCCAUCUCAAGUCCCAGAAGACUCAACAGCGCCGAAAGACACCGAGCAGUCUUCCAAGCGGCCACAAACGGCACAAUCAAAUGAGACCAAGGAAGAAGAGGAUGGAGAGGGAGAAGAUGACGAGGAAGAGAGUGAUGAGGACGAGGAAUAUGAUGACGACGAUGACGACGACGAUGGUGUGGGUAGUCAGUUUGGAGAUCGGGAUGCGUUCCCUGUGGAUGAAGAUGACUUAAGGCUACCAGGUCAUAUUUGA